AAGUACCUUGGAGUUGGAAGGUGGCUGAAAGAUUUUUCAUUGUAAUUAUAGCAAUUUUUCUAUUAAAUUAAAAAUGUGUUUGCUAAAAAUAUACACCACGCUCGAAAAAAAUACUUUAGCCAAUAAGUUUACUAUAUUAAAGAAAGUUUGUUUGAUAGUUACAGCUCUUCAGGCUGAAUAGAAUACCUAAUAAGUUAUCUUAAGGCUGAGUUGCAACGUGUAUUUAGCUAGUUGCUUACUCAUUCAUGGUAGGAAAAGUUUCCGCCUCAUGAUUACCGCUUGUACUGCAGCGUAACACCUCUAACGCGUUAAUUGCUGGCUUUGGAUAACUACCGCCUUAACCGUGUGAUUUAGUUGGGGUGGAGUUCGCGGUAAUAUAAGACAAGUUAGUUGCGCCGGGAGUCCAGUGGCGUGAAGGCAGCGGCCGCCAUGUUCACGGGGACGCUGCCCUUCUUACUCAUAUUGGUCGCUUAUGCUAAUGGCGGCAAAGACAAGCCGGUGUUCAGUGACGAAAUCAAAGAAAUAAUACAAACUGUUCACGACGAGUGUGUCAGUAAAACAGGGGUUGCCGAGGAGGAUAUAACGAAUUGCGAAAACGGCAUAUUUAAGGAGGACGUGAAAUUGAAGUGCUAUAUGUUUUGCCUGAUGGAGGAAGCGAGUCUCGUUGACGAGAAUGAUGUAGUGGACUAUGAUUUGUUGGUCAGUUUGAUCCCAGAUGAAUACUACGACAGAACUUCUAACAUGAUAUUUGGAUGUAAACACCUCGAUACACCGGACAAAGAUAAAUGUCAAAGAGCAUUUGACGUGCACAAAUGUUCUUACGAUAAAGAUCCCGCAGUAAGUAACACUGGACAUAAUAUGUUAUUUUUGGCCAAAACAGACCACUUGCAGACUCUUUUCUUCCACAUCACAAGAGACAAUGAUUGGUUGCAGUUAAUAAAAACAAAACAUAAUUAUAAAAGCUUUACUUAAGUAUUACUAUCGGAGAUGCUAGUUAAGACAAGAUUUAAUAAUUCAUUAUUUACCGUCUCUGAGA